AUGGAAGACAGCGGAGUGCAGCUUCAGUAUUAUAAGUCUCUCUUACAGCGCCUGAGCGCCAUUGAGGGGCAGAACCGGGUGUUAGAAUUUGAAUUGGAAACGCACACUUCUGUGAUAAAGCUGCUCGAAGAAGCUUGCGAAAAGAUUGGCAAGCAAGUUUUUGAAAAGCAACAAGACCUCAGCGCCCUCCAGCAGAAACAUCUGCAUCAGCUACAAAAUCUUAAGCUUCAUGAAGAAAUGCAGAAGGGUUUAAAUGCGUCGGUGGUGAAUGAAGCCAAUGCCUAUCAUGCUUUAAAUGCAUUUGCUGCUGGAGAACAUGAAUAUGUCGCUUUAAACAAACAAAUUGAAGCGGAAAUUGCUGCAAAAUGCAACGCACAUCCUCUCCUGAAGGCCCUCGGCAACGACAGCGAGUCUCGUCUGCGUUUGGCUUAUUCAUGUUUUCGUGUUAACUUUACUCUGUACACCUGGAAGCCGUCUGAAGCAGCGAAACUACAAGAAGAGGAAUCUGCAUUGCUGAAAGCACUUGCAAUUAAAAAGACAUUUCUUGCAGAUAGAAAGUGGCACCACCACCACCGGGGGGAUUCAACGCGACUUCGACUGAGGGCAGCCGCUGCUGUGACGGUUUCUGAGGACGUUUUGCGAGCAAGAAAAGAAAAAAAACAGACAGCUGAAGUUUUUAAUGCAGAUUCAAAUGCUGAAGAACAACCCCGAAGAAAAUAUGCAGCAAAACCAGCAGCAGCAGCACCAACAGAAGCAGCUGUUGCAGUUGCAGACGUGCUGCCGCAGCAGCAGCAGCAGCAGCAGCAAACAGAAGAAAUGACACCCAGCGUUGAGGGCAGCCAAAAAGAAAUUAUUGCAAACACUCCUCAGGCAGGGGAUGCGGUGUACAUGCAAGGAGAAUCAACUUCAACUGAAAAUGAAGAAGAAGCACAAACCCAAACUCAAGAGCAGUCGCAGCAGCUGCAGAAGCCACAGCAGCCGCAGCAGCAGCAGCCACAGCAACCUCAGCAGCAGCAGCAGCCGCCGCAGCAGCAAGCUCAGCAGCAGCAACAGCAGCAGCAGCAGCCGCACCAGCAACCUCAGCGGCAGCAACAGCCGCAGCAGCAGCAGCAGCAGCAGCAGCAGUCUGACGACGUGCACAGCGUGCAUUUAGUAAGUGAACAAGAGACAGCGACAUCCGUAUAUAGCCUCCGUCAAUCAGAACUUCCAAACCAAGCUGAAGAGCCAACAACAACAGCACCAGCAGCAGCAGCAGCAACAGCAGCAACAGCAGCAGCAGGAUAUGCCGCAGACGUAGUUGCUGCUGUUACUGCUGCAGCGACAGAUGCUGCUGCUCCAACUGUUGCAGCAGAUCCUUCUAUGCUAUACUUCGACGUCUCCCUUGAGAAGGAAGCAGCACCAGCAGCAGCAGCAGCAGCAACAGCAGCAGCAGCAACAGCAGCAGCAGCUCCAGCAGGAUAUGCAGCAGACGUAGUUGCUGCUGUCACUGCUGCAGCAACAGAUGCUGCUGCUCCAACUGUUGCAGCAGAUCCUUCUAUGCAAUACUUCGACGUCUCCCUUGAGAAGGAAGCAGCAGAAGCAGCAGCAGCAGCAGCAACAGCAGCAGCAGCAACAGCAGCAGCAGCUCCAGCAGGAUAUGCAGCAGACGUAGUUGCUGCUGUCACUGCUGCAGCAACAGAUGCUGCUGCUCCAACUGUUGCAGCAGAUCCUUCUAUGCAAUACUUCGACGUUCCCGUAGAGAAAGAAGCAGCAGCAGCAGCAGCUGCUGCUGCUGCUGGAGCAGAAGCAGCAGCAGCCGCAGAAACAGCAGCAGCAGCAGAUGAAGAAGAUGAAGAAAUAUAUGAUGACGACGAUGAUGACGACGACGAUGAUGACUACGAAGACGACGACGAUGACGAUGACGAUGACGAUGACGAUGACGACGACGAACAGCAGCAGCAGCAGCAGCAGCAACAACAACAGCAACAGCAACAGCAGCAGCAGAAGGAAGAACAGCAGCAGCAGCAGCAGCAGCAACAGCAGCAGCAAGAGCAGCAGCAGGAGCAGGAAGACGAGCAGCAGCAGCAGCAAGAAGAAGAGCAGCAGCUGCAGCAGCAGGAGGAAGAGGAAGAGCAGCAGCAGCAGCAGCAGCAGGAAGAGCAGCAGCAGCAGGAGGAGGAAGAGCAGCAGCAGCAGCAGCAGCAGCAGCAGGAAGGGCAGCAGCAGCAGCAGCAGGAAGAGGAGCAGCAGCAGCAGCAGGAGCAGCAAGAGGAAGGGCAGCAGCAGCAGGUGGAGGAGCAGGAGGGUAAGGAUGAACAGCAGCAGCAGCAGCAGCAGCAGCAGCAGCAGCAGCAGCAGCAGCAGCAGCAGCAAGAGGAAGACAGUGAUGACGAUGAUGACGAUGAUGACGAUGACGACGACGAUGACGAUGAUGACGAUGACGAUGAUGACGAUGACGAUGAUGAUGAUGAUGAUGAUGAUGAUGAUGAUGAAGAGCAGCAGCAGCAGCAGCAACAUCUGCAAGAAGAAGAGAUAUUUGUAGGUACAGCCUACGAACUACCAGUGCAGCUGCGGCCUCGUGAAGGAGGUGGCGACCCCGGGUAUUUGAAAUUGAUGUUAGACGAAAAGAAAUUUAAUGAAAUAAUGAAUCGCAGCAGCAGCAGCAGCAGCAGCAGCAGCAAUGCAGCAGCAGGAAUGAAGAGAGCUCAAAAGAACAAAGCAUACUCUGUUUGCUUCGUACGAAGUGUAGAGGAGUUAGAAAAAAGAUUUGCCCGUGCAGCUGAAAUAGCAGAGGGGGUGUAUGUACCGCUGCAGCACAUAGAAGAUUUCAAUAGACAUACGAAUUUCAGCAUCAGCAAUCCGGGUGUACAGACAGCUCAGCUAACCCCUGAACAUUAUGCUGCUGCUGCGUCUCCGUGGGGAGAAGAAUACUAUCUUAAGCUGCAGCAGCUGCAGCAGCAAACGAAGCUCAAGCUAGCAGGAAUGUGGAUAGGCAGGCCUGACUAUGAACAAAUCGAUGAAAUCUUGAAGAGGCAUCCCUCACUCUUCAGAGGGAUUUAUUUCAACUGGGAAGACGGGCAGGGAGCAUGCAUGAAUAAUCUGGGGCGACCCCCUACAACAAAUUCAAAAGGAGAGAAAACCUACUGGACCCUCUAUAACGAAAAAAUAAGAAAGAAAAACAGCAGCAGCAGCAGCAGCAGCAGCAGCAGCAGUGCUGGCGCCAGACUGAAGAGAGGAGGAAAGAGAGAAAGCAGCAUGAGGGCAACAGCAGCAGCAGCAGCAGCAGCAAAUGCAGCAACUGCAGCAAAUCAAAACCCAGCGGAAUCGACAGAAACACCAAAACAAACAACAGAAAAACAGCAACAACAGCAGCAGCAGCAGCAGCAACAGCAAAAGCAACAACAAAAAGAAGAAGAAGAAGAUGAUGAUGAAGAGGAGUUCUUUUUCAGAUACUUUAUGGGUGGACAAGACAGCGAUGUCUGCAAACUGAGCGACGGCCGCUCGUUUUUUCGCGAUGUCCCCGUCAAUAUUGGAAGGGGUAAUUAA